CUGUAAAGAACGCUUAGCUCGCCGAUUCAUUGGGGGCUGGUUCCUUUGUGUCACGUGACUGCUGACAGUUCAGAGGUCAGUCUGCUGACAGUCCGGGCGGGCGAGUACUCAGGUAGAAUGGGUCGCUUAGAUGGAAAAGUAAUUUUGCUGUCAGCAGCAGCCCAGGGAAUUGGACAGGCCGCUGCCAUUGCAUUUGCUAAAGAAGGAGCAAAGGUUAUUGCAACGGACAUCAAUGAAGAGAAGUUGAAAGCUCUAGAAUCGUACAAAGGUAUUCAGACAAGAGUAUUAGAUGUCACUAAGAAGGAGCAGAUUGAACAGCUGUGCCAGGAGCUCGAUAGAAUUGAUGUUCUCAUUAAUGUGGCUGGCUUUGUUCACCAUGGAAGUAUAUUAGAUUGUGAGGAGAAGGACUGGGAUUUCACUAUGAAUCUCAAUGUACGAAGCAUGUAUCUCAUGAUCAAAACAUUCCUGCCAAAAAUGCUUGCUCAAAAAUCCGGAAAUAUUAUCAACAUGUCUUCUGUAGCCUCCAGUAUUAAAGGAGUAGUAAACAGAUGUGUAUAUAGCACUUCAAAGGCCGCAGUCAUUGGUCUGACAAAAUCUGUUGCUGCAGAUUUCAUUGAGCAAGGGAUUCGGUGCAACUGCAUAUGUCCAGGAACCGUGGAUACACCUUCUUUGAGAGAGAGGAUCCAAGCCAGACCAAACCCUGAACAGGCUUUAAAGGAUUUUCUUGCGAGACAAAAGACUGGAAGAAUGGCCACAGCAGAAGAAGUUGCCCAUCUGUGCGUAUACCUCGCUUCUGAUGAAUCCGCUUACGUUACUGGUAAUGCGCACAUCAUUGAUGGCGGCUGGAGUCUUUAAAUCGUAUCACAUGAAUUUGGUAACGGAUGAACCUCUUCACCAGAAAUUUAGCAGAAAUAGAACAUCGUUUAAAUCUAAUGUAAAUGCACACAGAACAAUUUUUUUUUAUUUACCUGAAAAUGCUUAAACUUUCCUCAUAUCUGUACACAUGCUUAUAAAUAAUAGAUCUGGUAUCAAACCCAAAGACAAAGUGGUCUCAAUGUCCAUAACCAUUUACAGUUCAUGUCACUUUUUCUCUGAGAUAGUUUUUAUACAUGAACCCAAUAAGCAGAUUUAUGAAACGGUCUAAAAGAAAAACUCUUUGUUGCCCAUGGCAACCAAUCACAGCACAGAUUUCAUUUUUCAACAGGGGAAUACAAAAUGAAAGCUGCUAAAAUGGUUGUCUGGCUUUGGAGCCGACAACCCUUGGAGUCUUAACCUAUGCCCCGAUCAU